AUGCCUCGGGAGUUUCCAGUAUUUGCGGAGUGGUCCGCGAAGCCAGAUGCCCUCCCAGUCUCAAUUGUGGAUACUGGCCCAGUCGCUCGAGCAUUUUUACCCGUCAAUAUUGAAGACUCCAACAUUGUGCAGUUUGAGGGGACAGGCUCGUUAUUCGACGCACGGGUAGUUUGUGUUCGACCCGUAAUUGAAGCAGUGGAGUUUGACGACUACUGGACCCAGGGAUAUGUAUCACUUGGACCACUUCUGGAAGACCUGUCCAAAGUUCUCAGAUAUAAUGGAACGCGUGGUUUUGUGGACGAACUCGGGAUUACGCCAUCAGACAAAUUCACUCAAGAAUCGGGGCCUAACUUACAGUUCCACGGACUAUCGCCAACGUUCGGUGGUCUGGUGAACCAAUUCGACCCGACAAUUAAUAGCACAAUCAAAGUCAAUUUCCCUAGCGAUUGGUCAUCAGAGACAUUGGUCGGAACCUUAGCCAACAUUGAUACGGGAAGCAGAAAUGACCAGGCCGGCGAUGACCUUCAGUGGCAUAUCGAACUUGGGCACGCUUCACAUGGGGAGCACCGUAACGCCACAUUCCAUGAGAGAGGCUCAUGGCUCGUAUACAUGCCUAAUACAACUGACAUCCCUUCCUUCGAAGCAUCAUUAUGUUUUGAUUCAAUGUACAAUCAACUCUUCUCGUAUAAUAGAUAUUAUCACCCUCAAGAUUUUCCAGUUACCGCACGAAAGAGGAGUCUGAAAACUGAUUUUGAAGAUCCUGCUCCUAAAUGGGAUUCCAAAAAUAAUAAAUACGAUACAAGGAGAUUACCCCAGCAUCUCGGUGCCGCUGUCCCAGAUUCUUAUGAACGAAACGUCUUCGACCUUGAUAUUGACAGUGUGAAUGAAAAGAUGGAAGAAUACAUUGAUCAGUGGGAUCCAGAUUUCAAGGCUGCAAUCGAAGACUGGAAUGAUAUGGGAAGUACCAUUUAUGUCAAUACCUCACAACGCGACAUUCUAAGAACAAACAAAGAUAUUCUUAACCUAACCGGCUCAGACUACCUGAAGACGAUGUACGCAGACUUUCUCAACCGUUUGCUAUGGAAUCCGACCGUGACACCCACCGAUAUUGUGGAGGCCACAUUCAAGGCAGGAUCUGCGCGUACCAAUGAGCCUGAUAGUACUUCCGACAAACUUGAUGAGAGUUACCUCCUUCUCCAUCCUGUUUCGAUCGCACUAGUAGAAGACAUACUAGAAGACACGGAUAACCCAGCGCUCGCAUGGCAGGCACUAACAACUUCGUUGAUGGGCGCGGCCUAUCGCGAUUGGGCUCCUUACUUCACUGUCUCCGAGCCAGUUACCACAAUUCUUGCUAUAUCAACGCAAUUUCCUCAGCACCAGAAAGGUUUCUGGAUCGUCGUCGGGAACCUCGUUGCACAUUUCGCUUUGGUCACAACUGCGUUCAUCUGGUUCCUCAGAUCCACUCAAUACAGCUUGCUCAACAAUCCCUGGCAAGCAGUAUCGCAGCUGAUAGCCCCGGAGACGAAAGAACUCUUGGAAAACGCCACGAUGGCCGACGGCAAGCAGGUCCAGGAAUGCAUCCGUGCUUCUGGCAGGGAAGGCUUGAGGUUCAAGAUCAAAAAGGAAUCGGAGAAAGACCGCGUUUGCUUGUUGCUUGCUCAACAGGUUGAUGGCGAUAUCAAAACCCUCAAACAACAACCCAGUCAGGAGGACAUAGAGCUGGUUACUCGAGCGAGUAGUGUCGAAAUUGGUGGCUUGUCGCGGCGCAGGCAGGAGCAGUCAUCGGAAAAGGCCAAUGCUUGA